CGAAGAAAGAAACAGAGACGAAAAGGGACAGCUCUAAUUAUCCAACUUACCGGUCAAUCCAAUCAACUACCAUUCUUGUUUCUACUUUUGAACCGCCACUGCACCAUCAAGGUCCUUGCUUGGGAGAUGGGUUAAACCAUUUUCAUCAUAACAAGCUCUGGCAACAGCUUCUCGUUGCUUUCUCUUUGUGUGUUUCAGUUUCGAUCUCUCUUCAAACCUUAGGUCACCUCUUUAAUGGCAAGGCCAGGCGGCAAGAAUAUACAAGCCAAGCUGGUGGGUACUUCUUGGGGACAUGGGAACUGGGAAAACAAGUUUGGCAUUGAGGUUUGUCAAAGGCCAAUUUUCCGAUUUCCAGGAAUCAACGAUUGGGGCUGCCUUCUUCACUCAGGUUCUUUCACUUAAUGAAGCCACCAUAAAGUUUGACAUAUGGGACACAGCAGGGCAGGAGAGAUACCACAGCUUGGCCCCUAUGUACUAUCGUGGUGCUGCUGCAGCUGUUGUGGUGUAUGAUGUCACAAGCAUGGAGUCAUUUGAGCGAGCAAAAAAAUGGGUUCGAGAAGUGCAAAGACAAGGAAAUCCUAAACUGAUAAUGUUCUUGGUAGCCAACAAGGUUGAUUUAGAAGCUAAGAGAAAAGUGGGAAAUGAGGAAGGGGAACAAUAUGCCAAAGAAAAUGGCCUGGCUUUCCUCGAGACUUCUGCAAAAACUGCACAUAAUGUUAAUGAACUCUUUUAUGAAAUCGCAAAGAGAUUGGCAAAGGCCGCCCCUUCACGUCCCACCGGAAUGAAAUUGCAUAGCAGACCACAAGAAAGUGGGAGGAGAUUCUUCUGUUGCUCGGGAUAAUACCUGCACUUGCUAGUCACUUGAAUGUUUCGCUCAAUUUACCUUUUUCUGGGAUGGAGUGAUCAAAUCUGAAGAACUGCCUAAAAAUCAUUGUAAUGAAUUGUAUGUUUUAUACACAUUUGUAAAGGAAAAACUGUGCGACUCUUCUGGAUGUUUAGCAUGCUCAAUUAUGUGCAAACAGGAAUAAAGCCAAUCAUCUUACGUUACUGGAUAUGAUAAAUAACACACAAAGUAGCUAAGAAUAUGUUUCUGAA